ACAAACCAUGGAUGACACAAAGACACAUAACACUUGAAAUGAUAAUUUAUCAAGGUUAAUGUUCAAAUUUCUCGAGGUUAAUGUUGGGAGAGUGGUGAAUCGGUGAUGAUUAAUGAGUUGUCGUGAAUCGAAGAUGGUCGAUGGUGGCUAGUGGCUACUGAUAGAGAACUAGAUGAUGUUGACCGGAGAGAACGAAGAAAAAAUAUGGGGUGUGCCUAUGAUGACAUGCAUGUCACCGUAACUUGCAUUUUUCGGUCGAUCUCGGUUAGUGACACCAAGCCCAUAUUCCCAAGUGUUUGUGAGAUUAAAUCAAGUUAUAGAGACUAAUUAAGGAGGUCCAAGAUGAUUAAAGGAGCCCAAUCUACCAAGGAUAACUGGAUUAGGGAUGGCAACAAAACCAAAACCCAUGGGUACCACCCGACCCAACCCGGUCAACGCGGGUAAAAUUCAUGUUGACGGGUUUUGGGCCGGGUUUGGGUUUAAACUCGUUCACUAUUCAUCGAGUUGGGUUUGGGUUUAGGUAAACCCGACCCAUGGGUACCCGCCCACACCCAUAUAGUUAAUUUUCUCGGUAUAUUUAAUAUUCUAAACAACUAAUCUUAUUUAUGUUUGUGGAGAUAUGUCUAAUUUUUUCUUUCAAAUUGUGUAGAAUGAAGUUGAUGUUAUCGAGUGGAGAGUGAAGAAACUUAAUUGAAAGGAAGAAGCUUUCAAUUAAUCAUGUUAUUUAUGGAUAAUUUGUGAUUUGCUUCAAUUUUCUUGAGUUUUCUAGAUUGGUGUUUUUAUAUAUGGAUAGUUUGUAUUGAGAUAUUGAUAUUUGACUUUAAUUUUGAUAGAAACUUGUUAUUGUAAAUUUUUUACGACAAAAACCCGUGGGUACCCAUGAACCCACGGAUACCCAGCUGGUUGGGUUGGGUUUGAAUUUUUCAAACCCAGUAGGUUUUACCCCGAAUUUUUUUCACGGAUAAACCCAUGGAUUUGGGUUUGGCAAAACCCGACCCAACCCGACCCAUUGCCAUCCCUAAACUGGAUAAGGGGUCCAAGAUGAAUUAGAUGACGAUGAUGGUUGGAGUACCUAAGAAGAAGAGAGCACAUGUCUGUUGACUCUGUUGUCACAACUCACAUGGCCAAGAAUUAAUUAUGUCAUCGAAUUGAAACUAAUGGAAUAUUUUGGUGACCAAAAGGGCAACUUUCUCACCAGUUCUCUCUUCUUGUUAGGGCUGGGAAUCCAGACCAAACCGUAUGGGAAACCGCGGUCUAGACCGUAUCGUAUGGUUUGGUCUGGACCGUGAGACCAGAACUAUGGUCUGGUCUGGUUUGCGGUCUCCUCCUUUAGUGCGUGGUCUGGACCGCGGUCUACCGCAGUAAACCCUAACAGACCGCGACACACUACCUACUACCUUGGACAAAAAUAACACUAAAUUGAACCUCCAUAUGUGUAUUUGAAGAACAAAGUUAGUUGAUUCUUCAUCUAGUUGAGAGCCAACAAAUUGCAAAAUGAUCGCUUAUAUGUUAUCUCCUUAUCAAAGUACCACACAAAAAUUAGAAAGACUCAUAAAUAAUAUUCACAGAUAAUGUCUAGACUAUGGACUCGAUAAAAAUUAAACACUACAAAAAAAUUCGUUCACCUUGAUGAGAUAAGGAAAAUUAUUGAGAGAUAUGCAACCAUCUUAGUGGUUCGAAAUUACCUCGACAUCAUCAAAAAGGUUAUCAACUGGGAGAACCUUCAAAUCACUCGAGAGAGGAGAGAAGCGGUAGCACAAAGAGGAACAAUGAAAUAACGCUAUUUGAAAAUUGAAAAAACCCACUUCUAUCCUCAUAUUUCUUCUCAUUUAAUACGAUCAUAAUUUUUUUGUUUCACUAGCAUAUUGGUCACUAGAUUUUUUUUAUAGAUACAGGUGAAGGGUUGGAGAGCGAACAAGAGUUAAUUUUUUUUUAACAUGGUCUGUCUGGUCUGGACCGUAUAGUAUAUGGUCUGGUCCAUGGUCUGUGUUCCAACCUCUCCGUCUGGACCACAGACCGUAUCUAUGAUCUGGUCUGGACCAGACCGCACUGUUUCCCACCCCUACUUCUUGCACUUUCCUUCCAAAAAUUUGUCCAAUCUCCAAUCUAAUCUUCCUCGCCCAGAAAAAUACAGAUAUUUCUGUGCUUGGAUUCCUUCACCUCCAAAAUCGUCGGAAUUUCUUUCAUCUCUAGCAGUCGCAUUAGUAGAGAGCAACCGGAAAAGAAAAAAAAAACCAUCUUCCCACCAAAAAGAAUGGCGAUUUCUUCCAUCUCUGCUUCGUCGGCAAUCACAUCUUCUUUGGGAACCCCAAAUCCCGGGAGCUACCAUUCCUACUCUUCCAAGCUAUCUUCGUUUUCCUCCGCGACACAGCUUCCGUUCCAGCUGAAACCUAACUGGCUCUCCAGUACUCGAAUUUCGUCGCCCGCUGGCCCCUCUCGAAUCCUGCUGAAGGUUUCUGCAAAGAAGGAAAGCUUCGCCAACUUAGAUGAGCUGCUGCAGAAGUCAGACAAACCCGUACUGGUCGAUUUCUACGCAACCUGGUGUGGACCAUGCCAAUUCAUGGUUCCAAUUCUGGAGGAAGUGAGCGGCAUCAUGAAGGACUCAGUCCAGGUGGUGAAAAUCGACACCGAAAAGUACAGUGCCAUUGCUACCCAAUACGACAUCCAGGCACUGCCCACUUUCAUCCUGUUCAAAGACGGGAAGCCUAUCGAUCGCUUCGAAGGUGCAUUGCCCAGAGACCAACUCGUCCAACGCAUAGAAAGCUCUCUUAGCGUCCAGCAAUCUUAAAAGCUUCUUCCUUCCUCGUCCAACUUUUCAUGAAAGCUCAGAGAUUUCCAGGAGAAAAAACCAACGCUCCAUUGCCAUCCUUCAAUCCCUCCAUUUUUCUUCCCUUCUUGUUCCCCAUAGAAUGUAGAUCAUGACGAAAGACAGAAAGACUCUGUAAUUGCAAAUUGAUGGUUUCCUAAUGAAAUAUUGUCCUCUUG